AUGGCUAACACUUUGAAAAACAUCUCUUUCUCUGAGGAUACAUCGGUCUAUGAGAACUUCACAGACGACUGGACAUCAGAUGGAGAGGAUACAGUGCAUUUCAUCAUUCGAUGCCUUAUCCCGUCGGUGUAUAUACUAAUAAUAACGGUUGGUUUGCUGGGCAACAUCACGCUUGUGAAAAUAUUCAUCACCACCAGCGCGAUGCGAAGUGUGCCCAACAUUUUCAUUUCCAGCUUGGCCGUGGGAGAUAUCUUGCUUUUGGUCACUUGUGUGCCAGUGGACGCGUUCAGGUAUUUCUAUGAAGAGUGGAUUUUUGGAACAGUCGCUUGUAAGAUGAUCCCGGUGAUUCAGCUCACCUCGGUCGGAGUCUCCGUGUUCACUCUGACGGCACUAAGCGCAGACAGACACAAAGCCAUUGUGAACCCUAUGGACAUCCAGACCUCCAGUGCAGUAUUCUGGACCUGCUUGAAGGCCAUCGCUAUAUGGAUUGUCUCGGUGUUGCUGGCUAUCCCAGAGGCUGUCUUCUCGCAGGUGGUUCAUAUGCCAUACAAUAAUAUGACGUUUACUGCCUGUGUGCCAUAUCCACUCUCCAACGAGAUGCAUCCUAAGAUACACUCAAUUAUGAUAUUCCUCGUCUACUUCCUCAUCCCUCUGAUCAUUAUCUCUGUCUACUACUACCACAUUGCAAGGACUCUUAUCAAGAGUGCUCACGAUAUGCCAGGUGAAAUUAGUGAGCACUCCAAAAGACAGACAGAAACAAGGAAGCGUCUAGCCAAAAUUGUUCUGGUGUUCGUGGGCCUUUUUGCACUGUGCUGGUUCCCCAACCAUGUUCUCUACAUGUACCGCUCCUUCAACUAUCGGCAGAUCGACUCUUCGCUAUCACACCUCAUCAUCACACUUGUGGCACGCGUCUUAAGCUUCUCUAGCUCCUGCGUUAACCCUUUCGCCCUGUACCUGUUGAGCGAGAGCUUCCGAAGGCACUUCAACAACCAGCUGAUGUGCAGGCGGCGCAAAUACGAGGAGCGCAACACCAGCUACCUCCAGAGCACCUCUGCUAUUCGUAUGACCUCCAUCAGGAAGAGUGCACCUGCUGCGGUCAACGGCCAAAAAACGGGAGUCUGCAUUUAGCAUCUAUUCUCAGAACUGUGUGUUCACAGAAGGGUUGGUGACUUGCAUUUAAGUUUGAUUAAAAGCAUUUGGUGCCCCUGCUUGUUAAAGGGGAUGGUUAUUGAAGCAGGGAAGACAGAAGAAUUGCCGUUGUAAAUAUUGCAUGCAUGUUUUAUCAAAAGUUGCAGCUUUGCUAGUGCUUGCAAAGGAAAUUUGCUUUAUUUCUGAAACAUUAUUCUUAUUACAACCGGAAUGAAAUGGAUAUACCAAUCAUUACAGGACUAAUUUCAUUUCUCCUGAACCCAAAUACAUUUUCAGUCUGUAUUAUAUAUCAAAUCUGUACAAAAUAUUGGAAUCAGAGUUUCCAUUAUUGUGUCAAUGUAAGUUUGCAUGUUUGCUUUUCAGAUUAAUCAUAUUUCCAUUUUCACGCUAGGCUUUGGCUCCAGCCAAAUUAUGAAAACUUAACGUUUAUCAAUGGGAAGUGCACUUACUACAGUAAUUUAAUGUUUUGUGAACAAAGUAAGCAGUUUUGAUUUCACCAAUGGAAUUAAACAGAGAGUUUAUUGUCAAGGAUAUUAUGGAGAUACUCCUACAAUCAUCUACUUUGCCUAUGGACGCAUUCUGUUUCCCAGACAAACACAUUAUAUUCAAUUUAGGAGCAACAGGA